GUUGACCUACACUGUAUUUCUAACGUAGGGUAUCGGAUAUUAACGUACAAACUUCUAUAUAAUAAUUAUUUGCGCGGCGAUAAUACAGCAAGAUUAUCUGCUUCUUGAAAGCGAUCUUAAUAUUGCAAAAACAAGACCGACAAUGUUGCGCUGGAUGUUUAUCACGGCCGCAACGUGUGUAUCGUUGCUGAUUCCCAUGCAGAUUUCGGCGCUGUGGACAUACCCGGGUUUUAUCACCACGUCCGACUCUGAUUCCGUGAAGCAAGCUAUCCUCAACUUGGUCCACUUUGUUCCGAAAUCCGAUCCGCAGUUUAUCGUACAAAAAUUUCUUUAUUCUGACCCAGAACGCACUCAGGUCACGGUAGGUGACUCUGACCUUACAAACAUCCAAAAGGUGACCAAGUCUAAGCGAGCUGAACGCCAGCCCUUAGUGAUCGAAGCUCUCGAAAGUGGUGCCGGAAGUCUGGCACUCGGAGAUUCGGGCGCAUUUGACUGCCAUCCGAAUGAUGAGUCUGUAACAAAAGCUACAUGUCCAACGCUGGAUAGAAGGGGACGGUAUCGCUGUAUUACUAGUAGCAUGCUUUGCGAUGGGAAGCGUCACUGUCCAAAUGGCGAAGACGAAAACGACCUGAUGUGUAUGUUUUAUAAGCUGGUAAGGCUACAGUGUCCUACUCGACGAUGCACUACAUCGGGACCUACGGACAAGCAAUAACAAAACUAGUUUUGCCAAGAAUGAAUCAUUUUCGUUAACCAAAUAAAUUUGUGUAUGAUAACCUACAACGAUAGACUGUAUCUGCUAGUUGUACUUACCACCGGCAGUAGCAAUGAAAAUAAGUAAUCAUGCUAACAAUAAAUUGUAUAACCUCCGAAUACGAAAAAAAUAACUACUUCUAUGCCAUUUAGAAAAAGAUGAAAGCAUUACUUACACAUCAGCUCAUUUAUAUGCCGAAGAAUUAUUUUAAUGUCAA